UCUCUGUGGCCCUGGCGGACCGCGAAGAUGGCGGCGCCCAUGGAGGUGGCGCUGGUGUCGGACGCGGCGGGGCCGCUCUGCAACUGCUCGGUCUGGGAGCUGCACUCGGGCUCGGCCUUGCCCGGGUACCGCGGCGGCAACAGCGGCCCGCGCGGGCUGGCGCUGCUGGGCGGCGAGCACCUGCUGGGGGCCCAGCUCGGCAAGAGCUACAUCAACGUUUGGGAGCUCCAGAGGAAGGACCAGCUGCAGCAGAAGAUCAUCUGCCCCGGGCCCGUGACCUGCCUGACGGCCUCUCCCAACGGGCUCUACAUCCUGGCAGGGGUCGCCGAGAGCAUCUACCUGUGGGAGGUAUCCAACGGGAACCUCCUCGCCAUCCUGAACCGACACUACCAGGACCUCACGUGCCUCUGCUUCACCGAUGACAGCAGCCACUUCCUCUCGGGGGCCAAGGACUGCCUGGCCCUGGUGUGGAACCUCUACAACAUCCUGCAGGCAGAGCCCUCCCAGAUCCCCGACCCCCGGCACGUCUGGUCCCGGCACAGCCUCCCCAUCACCGACCUGUGCUGCGGCUUCGGAGGGCCCCUGGCACGGGCUGCCACCGCUUCCCUCGACCAGACAGCCAAGCUCUGGGAAAUCUCCUCCGGGGAGCUCCUGCUGUCUGUGCUCUUUGACGUGGGGAUCAUGGCUGUGACUCUGGAUCUCUCAGAGUACCACAUGUUCUGUGGUGGCAUGGAUGGGUCCAUCUUCCAGGUCGAUCUCUGCACUUGGCCGGUCCAGAGAGACCGGACCUUCCAGACAGAGCGGGAGAACGGGAAGGUCUUCAAAGGGCACAGGAACCAGGUGACGUGUCUGUCAGUCUCCACGGACGGCAGCCUCCUGCUCUCGGGCUCUCACGACGAGACCGUCCGGCUGUGGGACAUCCAGAGCAAGCAGUGCCUGAAGACGAUGAAUCACAAAGGUCCGGUGACAAACGCCUUCAUCGUGCUGGCCCCUGCCAACAUGUUCAACCCCGACGGGAAGCCCAGCGUGCCCCUGCCCAAGUUCAGCAAACACCUGCACGGCACCGAGAGCAGCGACGAGCCGGGCACUGAGGGGGUGACGCUGCGCCUGGGGCUGCACCAGCAGGAGCCUGGGCAGAGCUACCUGGAGAAGGCAGAGAGGAUGUACUCGCAGAUGUAUUUGACGAGGGAAAAGAACCUGGUGGGAGACCAGGAGCACCUGACGAUCCAGGUGAGCGAGCUGGAGGAGGAGGUGAGCAACCUCCGGAAAAUCAACAAGGACCUCUUUAACUUCUCCGCUCGCAUCAUCACCAAUCCAGCCAAGUGAAGAGGCUCCCCCCACCCUCGCACCCCUCCACCUCUCCCUGCCCACCCUUGGGCACUUGCCUGGCCGGCGGAGCACACCCGGCUCCCUCCCCGCUGACCCGGCACGCGCCGCGCUCGCCCGCUCGGGGACAGGGGACAGCCCAGCACGGGGGCUGCGGGCGGGGCAGCACAGGGACCGCGUUCACCCCCACGCGGGGCCGGGGGGCACUCGGGGGCACUUGGGCAGCCGCUGCGGGAGAGCUCAGGAUGCAGCUUCUGCUCGUUCCCCACCUCUUCCUCUGCCCCUUUUUUUGUUUCUUUUUGUUACUUGACCCUGCAGUGCAGACAGGAAAGUGUUUUUCUCUCAAUACCGUUUUGAGAUUGGAUUUUGGAGACCCCCUUCUGCCCACCCUGCCCUGGGGAUCGCUGCUCGGUGCUGCCGGACCCCGCUCAGUGGGACCCUGCGCUCGGGACAGCGGGGGCUGAGCGGCUCCUGCUCCGGGGGGUGCCCGGGGCCGUGGGGGUCUGCUGAGACAGGCAGGGGGUCCCUGGGCACCAGGGCAGAGGAUGGGGCACCCACCCCGUCCAGUGGGCAGGGCCUGGGGGAGGCCCUGGGCUCAGUGUGCGGGCGGUGGUUUUGGGGCACAGGGGGUCACUCCGGGGAGGGGCAGGGGGGCCAGCAAGGUGCUAUUUCCAGUCUCGUCAGUUGACAAUUUAUAUAUAUUUGGAUCCGACGACUCUGUUUUCACGGUGUUUGGGGACUCGGCCUUUUGUAUUGUCACAGCAUGGCAGCGGGGGUUGUGGGUUUUGUUUAGGUUUAUUUUUUACAUAAAAGAUUUGUUUUUAUAGUGAAA